AUUUCUUUACUCAACACCACACAUCCGCCGUCAUGUCGGACCGAGACAUCGCCAAGGGGAAGAGCCGCGCCGUUAACGCAGAGGUGAGGUCUGCCCGAAACAUGUUCGAUGCCUACAACGAUGAUCCCGACGUCAUUGCCAUAGGCUAGUUCAGAUAUAGCGCGAAUGAGGGACUUUCGCAGCUGGAGCAGGAGGCCAAGCGUCUGACAAAAGAUCUCGAGGCGGUGAUGCAGCAAGUAGCUACUUCGAAGCCAGUUGUAGAUCAAUUGAAGGCAAGUACGAAGGAGCUUGCUGAUUUGAUCUCUGAUGCGCGGGUUGAGCGCAUAACAGCAGAGAAGGACCUCGAGAUCCAGGCCCUGAAGUCGAAAUUUGAAGAGCAGAUUGAGCGCCUAACGGCGGAGAAGGAUCUCGAAAUCCAGGCCCUCAAGUCGGAACUCGAGCGAGUCAAUGGCAAGCUGCGUGCAGUCACCGAAGACGAGACAUUCGAUACCCAGGCCGAGGGUGCCCAGUGGUUGCAGAUCAUGGCCCGUCUGCGGAACCAGCGGGACCGAGCCAGAAAGCAGGCAGAGGCAAGGCUCAAGUCCCUUAAGCGAUGGUAUGAGCAAGGCAUGGAGUCCGGUCGAGAGCUGGCGCGGAAGGCCAACACGAUUCGCAGACUAACUGGGAACCGUGAGAUGCUCCUCAAGAGCAUCGACGCGAGAGGCGGAGAUUGCAGGCUUAUAGGAUCUACGAUUGUCUAGGACUAUGCACAGGCAGAUAACCUAGAGUGGGCUGAGGCGGAGGCAUUUUAUAACCCCGGUGCUAAGUUCGAAUCGUUGGAAACCUGCCUGCCGUUGUCGGUGGGACGUAGCCUAUCGUUGUCGAUGAAAUUUUGCCUAUUGCUGUCAACGGGCCAUAUGUAAUGGGCUGCGCCCUAGUGGGUGCUCCUACGGCUCGGCCUCCGUAGCACGGUGCUUGCAGAGCCUCAACGGUGGCUAAGAGGCUGAGGACGGAACCGACUUAGCGUUGUACGAGGACGAGGCUGAGCAGCCCCCUUUUCUCCUCGGGCCUGCCCUGCUUUCCUUUUUCCUUACUAUUAUUCUUCUGUAUAUAGGAUACAACGCGUAUAUAUUAGUUGCCUUUUAUACCCUUUAUAUAAAAAUAAU